UUUUUUAAAUAAAAAACCUUAUUUUAAUAAUUUUCAAAUUAUGUAAUCAACUGUAACUGGAAAACGUUAUUUUGGCGGUUGAUUUGUAGCAAAUAUUGUUCUUCAUAGAAACUUUUUAAUUCCGUAUAUUUUCAACAAUGGAAGUUGAAGGGAAUCUGAAUAAUAUUCUUGAAAAAGUGCCGUUGAGGAAUCUUUUACAAAGCAUCCAGGCGAAGGCAGCAAGUGGGAAGAAAGAUAUUGUAGGUUACAUUCGGGGUAUAUUCUUAUGUUCCACUCUUAAAAAUGAUGAAUGCGAGAAAAGACGUUAUGAAACAUUUAAGUGUGUUUUAUCUCUUUUACAAAAUCAAAAUCUACCUACGAAUAUUGCAUCCGAACUUGAAGCUGUAUUACUGCUGAAAAUAGAUUCCUUACAAACGUCAAACUUAAUUAAAUUAGCCGAGUUAUUUAUUGAACAUGCUAGAAAUAAUCACAGUUUUGGUUCGAAAGGAUUGGAAAUAUUUUCAAAAAUACUAUCAUGUUUGUCACAUAGGGAUACAAUUGUAUAUAAUGGAACUGACAUGUCUGGUGUGGAACUAAGAAAAAAUAUUUUAUCAUCUUUGUUUUCAUCAAACUCAAAUAUUCCUGGUAUAGUGCAGCUGGCUUCUGUUCUUAAAGAUGUUGAUCUUUCAGAAAAUGAAAUGGAACUGAUUGCUGAAAAACUGCUUGAAUUAUUGCCGGAAGUUGAAUUAAUUGAACAGCCACCUUUUAUUUAUCAGCUCCUGCUUCUGUCUGCGAAAGGAAAACGACGUCAAAUUUUGCAAGGAAUCGUAUCAUAUUUUAUUCAGAAAGAUAACCGCUUGCGAGAAUUAGCUAAUGAUAAUGAGGAUUCUGAUAAUAUUGAUGAAGAAAAUCAAACACUUUAUCGUCAGACUGAAGGAACUGUAAUACUUAUGAUUUCAGUGAGCUCUAAGCACGAUCAAAGUAUAGAAAAGGAAUUUCUACAUCUCUUAAAACAACUGCAGCAUAAACCAGAGAUAAUAUUAUCACCAUUUUCAUUAGCUACUUCUCUUUCCUUGUCAAAAAUGCAUCAUGGUGUAAAUAACAUAUUUGAUUCCUUAAAGAAAUCCCUAGUUCUUGCUUUUCAGCUUAAAGAAAAAAGAAAUAAUUCAAUUUGGUUGAGAAACUUAAUACCAUGCACUUCAGAUAUUUUAGAAUUAACGAAAGAAGCCAUUAAAAGUAGUGAGUAUGGCUGGGAUCAUAUUUGCCAAGGACUUGUGAAGUUUGGUUUUGCUGCACUGGAUGCAUUUGGACCUAAAUAUGUUUUAGGAAAUGUAAUCAAAAUUGUAUCUGAAGAAGGUUGCAAAUUAGGUAGCCAGAUUUUAAGAGACACUUUUAAAAGUCAUCGUAUUGUUAGAACUGAAAUCUUUGAGCAACUUCUAAAUAGAAUUAUAGCCAAAGCACAACGACCAAUUUUUCAUUAUAUUGAUAUAUUAUCUCAGAUUGUGCAAAAUGACCCUUUAUUUCUUUUAGAUGUACUUCCCAAAUUAGUAGAAGUUUUAGAUUACAUACAUUUUUUACCAUCAUCUAAUGCUGAAAAUAUAUUACAUUCUCUUGCUCCAUUGUUAAAAAUUAGUUUGCCUUUGAAAGACACGUUAAUGUUAGUAUUGCGAAAAGCAUUGUUCCACCGUGAUGUUGAAGCAAGAAAAGUUGCUAUCUGUGGAUAUUUAAUGAUUCUUAAAAAAAUCCAUUUCCUUGGAAAAGUUUCUCUCAGUCAAAGUCAAACAUCGGUGAGCAGUCAGGCAUCAUCAUCAUCUUUGAUUUCUACUCAAGUGAAAGCAGAUGUUUAUGUCGGUGGUAGUAAUCUUAGUGCUAAAACAAUGUGCUUGGAAAUUAUGGGCUUAUUAAAAAGAGCUUUAAUGCAACAGGGGGAAAUAAGACAACUCUUGUAUGAAGGACUCUAUGAUGUCAUUCUCCAAAAUAUUUCUCUCAAAGAUAUCAUUCUAGAACUCUUAUUAGGGCAAUUUGAAAAAUAUUAUAUUGUUGAUAAUACUGAAAAUCCUCUAAAUUUUGAUAUGUGCUUUCAAGAUGGAAAAAAUAUCUUAGAAGAACCACUUGCUCAUUUAGUAACUUCAAUUCAUCUCAUUUUACUGGAAGCCAACAAAGGAACUUCAAAUGAUGAUUUGGAGGAGGAUUAUAAUGAAAGUGCUCAAAAAAUGUUAGAAGACAUUUUUCAGAACUUAACAAACAGAAUGUGUGAGAUCGAUAUAAAUGACAUAUGUGUUACCAAUAAAGAUGAUGAAACUUCUGAUGAGAAUGAUUGUCGUGGUGUUCUUUUGCUACAUAUUUAUGAAUCAUUAAUGGAGUGUUCUUUAAUUAGGAAUGAAGAUUUUGAACCUCUAGGAUGUGAACAGUUAUUGAAAUUAUAUUGUAAGUAUAAAGAAAUUUCUGACAAAGUUAAUAUUAAAAAACAAAAUAAAACUUCAAAAAUGAAAACAAACUCUAUGUCUUCUACAACUGCAAUUCAUUUAACCCUUCAUUUUUUUUCAAAAAUUAUCAAUUCUCUUUUUGUUAAUGGUAUCUUCAAACAUCAACAGGGCCUUAAUAUAUUACGUGCUGAUUCUGCAUUUGUAAUUCAAAUGGUAAAUUUAUGUAAUCAGAAACUUUUAAGGUUAAGUGAAUCUGGUGUAAGUGAUGGUUUUUCACAAGUCAUGGUAAAUUCAUUCAAAUAUAUUAUAGAAUUUGGUAAAAUUUACUUAAAACUAUACAGUGAAGGGCUAAGUGCUAAUUUUCCAUCUCUGGAAUGGGAAAAUUUGUCUUUGUUAAUUUCUGAGGGAUUGGCUUCAUUGUUUAAUUAUGUAAGUACAUUUCAGAAGAAUAAUAUGAGCAAAUUCAUUACAGGAAUCUGUGAUGAAGAUUGUCUUUCUUCUACUCAAGCACUGCAGUUUGUUUUAAAAUCUAUUCAAAAAUCCAUAAUGAAAUUUUUGUCUGAUACUGAAAAUGAUACUCAUUUGAAAGAAUCUGUUCCUCUAAUAUCAGUGAUUAAAAUAUUAUAUUCCCAUUUUACUCAAGAUUUUGGUGAAGAUAUGUUCAAAUGGAUUAAGCAGUUGUGUUCUCAACAAGUUUUUCAAAAUGCAUCACUUUCUAAAACCUUUUUAUCUUUAUGCCUGACACUUGGUCAUCAAGACAAACACUUUCUCUCCCUUUUACGAGAUAUGGCAUUUGAUAUUCAUUAUCAUUUGGGUGAUACAGAUCCUGAUGUAACAGUACAAGGCACUCCUAAUUAUAAUAUUAUUGCAGCAGAAGUAGCCCGUACUGCUGUUCUUAACCUGAUUAGUAACUUAGAACAAGUAUUGGAUGACAUGGAAUGGGUUUUAAAUUUUAUGAAAGCAAAUGUGUCGACACCCGAAGAAUUUAGCAAUAUACCCAGAAAAGAAACUUAUGAUAGGGAAAGUAUAGAAAUAGGAGUAUGUACACGCACUGCAGAUAUAAUACUGAUUUUUAAUGAACUAGUACAAACAAGUGUUCCUCCUGAUCAUACUGCAAAUAGCAUAUUAAAACUAGUUACGAAAUUUUACAAAAUAUUAUGUUCAUUGACAAAAUAUUACUUAUCACUUAAUGGAAAUAAAAUUUCAUCACUUCCACCUGCAUUUGAAAAAGUUGUGAAAUUGUCUGGUAUUAAACUAACUACACAGGUGUAUUCAUUUAUUACAUACAUACAGAUGAUAUGUGAGGAAGAUGCAGAUAAGAAAAAAAAAGCUAAAAGCAAAACAGUGACAUUCAAAGCAGUAAGGGAAGUUAAAACAAUUCCUGCUUUAGUAUUUGAGAUUGAAACAUAUGAAAAGAAUCUGAUUAUUUUAUCAAAGAAAUUCAAGAAAAAUUUAGUCAGUCAUAUGAAGCUUAGCACUGCUAGAGAUUUUCGUAUUAAUGCAGCUGCAAUCACUGUUGUUCCUGAGCAAGAGGAAAAUGCUGAAAUUAUGAAUGAAGAAUCGGUGAGUGAUAAUACUACACACUCAGAAAUCACUGAUCAUCCUAAUCCAGAAGAAAUCGAAAAUGUUGAUGCAAAUGCAGUUAUUGAUCAACAGAGUCCCGAUAAAUCAAAUAUAACAAACAAAAGUAAACUGAGCACAAAAAGAAAGCGCUUAGGCAUUAGAGGGAAUUCAAAGAAACCAAAGCUCUAAUGCUGCACAUUUAAAAUUGUAUAAAUUGUAUUUUAAAAUGUUAAAACUCUUAUAGUGUUAAUGCUUGAAGAAAAAUUUUAUAUGGUCCUAAUUUUUAUUGAAAAUUUACUUAUUCUAGUGUAUUUUAUACUUGUUAUAGCUCAAUAAUGAUAAUUAUUAUAUUUACUCGCAUAUUCCGCCCUAUUUUACUAGUUUUAUCACCCAAAAAUUGAGGGGGGGGAAUUGAACAAAUAAUUUCAUUUCUGAAGGAUGUGGUUACUUUAAGAACAUACUAAAUAAAAUUAGUUUUUGAUAAACUACAGGCAACUAUCACAAUAUUAUUUCUUUAAAUCAGCAUUUCAAUAAGAAUAUGUAGUAAUAUUAACAUUACAGUAUCUAAUAAGACAACUUCAUGUCUGUUUCUCCGUAACUUGAAUCUUGCUCCUUCUUAUUGUUGUCUGUGCUACUCAGGCCUCAAGUCAUCCAUAAAUAUAAAUAGUUAGAGAAGAUGAAUGAGCAGAAGAUCAGUGAAAUCAUAGACGUCAGUUUGUGCUUACUUCUAUGAUUGUUUGAUUCUUGUAUAAUGCUGGCAUAAGUUCAACAGUUAGAAAGGAAAAGCAAUGUGUGACAUUUGCAGGUAGUUAAUUAGGGUUUGUCUUUGUUAGUGUGACAGAAAUGACUGUUAUUGAGAAAGAGAAAAAUUAUGCAAAUAUUUUUUUUUAUUUUCAGAACUUGCCACUGAAAAGCUAGGUGGGGGAUGAAUACAUGAGGAAAUACGUUAUAUCAGUGCAUUUAUAGGUGCCAUUUUUUUAUGAAUGUUAUUUUUACUUUUAUAAAAACUCAAAGUACAACAUAUUUUUCUGUAAUAUGUAUUAUGAAUGCUAGUUGUCUUGUUGAAACUUGUUUCUCAAUUGAUUUAAUAAUGAGCCUAAACAGUAAAAAUUAUUUCUCUGAGGGUAACUUUCAUGAAAUGUUUUAUGAAACGCUCUUUUGGAUAUUUUAGAAAAGAAAAAUUUGUUGUUUUUUAAUAUAUUACUAAUAUAAUUUUUUUUUUUUUUUUUUUUUUUUUUUUUUUUUUUUUUUUUUCAGAAAUUUAUUGGGUGUAUAAAAAAAGACAGUCUAAGCAAAUGUAGUUAUAAUUUGUUUCACUUAAAUACUUUGCCUAAUCAUUGUUUUUCUUUUGCUUUCACAUUAAAGUGACUACCACGCUUAUUAACAAAUAUAGCAAAUUUAAUUAUCCAAUCUGCAGUCAGAAUUUCCAGUAGUCACUUUAUAAUGAAGUACAUUUUUCUUCCUGUUAUUGUUUGUUUGAUUAUGAUUUAUAUCAAUAAAUAUGAUUGUUAUUUUAGGAAAAA